AUGAGUUUAGAUCAGUCUCCUAUCAGACUCUGCAUUCUGUAUGAAUUCAAACGGAACACGUCAGCAAUAGAAGCGACAAGAAUUAUUUGUUUUGUCUAUAGAAAUGAGGCUUUAAGAGUCAGGACAUGCCAACGAUAUUUUGGAGAGUUUCACUGUGGAUGUAUUUCGUUCGUAGAUUCCUCUCAAUCUGACCGAUCAAAUUCUGUCAAUGUUCAAGUCAUAAAACAUCUUCAUGAACUAGGAAGUAUCCUGAAACAUUGUCAGUGGUUUCCUCUUAGUCUAAUUGCUUCUCAUCUUAAUUCAAGAGUUGCCUUUGAUGGUGAUUGA